GUUUACCUGUCCUUUUAUCAGUGAUAAGAGAAAUGGCCAGCCACGAUAUCAAGUUGGAGGUCUGCGUGGACUCCAUACGAUCUGCUUUUGCCGCCGAGGCUGGCGGAGCUUCACGGAUUGAGCUGUGCUCGGCAUUGGGAGAAGGUGGCCUGACACCCAGCAUUGGCACCCUGAAAACCCUUAAAGAAACGCUUACAAUGCCCAUUUACUGCAUGCUAAGACCACGGCGGGGCACCGACUUCGUUUACAGCGACGAGGAGAUGUGCGCCCUGCUCACGGACAUGGACUUGUUGCGGGAAAACGGCGCCGAUGGCUUCGUUUUCGGUUCCCUGAAUCCUGAUCGCAGCAUCAACGUGGAUCAGUGUCGGCACGUUUUGCUGGCGUCAGGUGGUCUGCCAGUGACCUUUCACCGCGCCUUCGACCUUACCGACCAGAAGUCCAUGGACGAAAAUGUCCACCUGUUGCGGGAACUAGGCUUCAGACGUCUGCUGAGCAGCGGAUUCCGACCCACGGCUGCCGAUGGUGUGGACUGCCUGGCACAGCUGAUAGCCAAACAUCAAAGAGACUUUAUAGUUAUGCCCGGCGCCGGAAUCAAGGUGUCCAACCUGGAGGAGAUCCUCACGGUCAGUCGCUGCCUGGAGUUUCACGCUUCAGCCCAGGACACGGCCGGCGAGGACUAUGUGGCGCCCACCACCACACGAAUGGAGUGCGACGUGACCAUGGGCAAACAGGACGUGGAUCCCUAUUACGGAACCAACUCUAACGUGGUGCGCAAAAUGGUCACCAUUGCGAAAGCCAUGAGCUCCCGCUGAAAAUCUUAGUUCUUAACCUAUCCCUAAGACUUAAUUUAUUCCUUGACUGUUUGUGCACUUUCAGUAUCCUCUAUAUAACUAGUAUAUAGCUUUUACUUAAGUAGUCUUAUCCCAAAAAUUCCAAAUUCUAAAAAAUAAUCAAGUACAAUUUUAUUUCGGCUGGCAUUGAACUGCAACGACAUGAUUGUGAAGUCAAAAGAGAAUUCCACUGCGCCAGCACAUCCAUCUUUUAACGAUCUCCUUAAUAAUGCAGAAAAGGUAUUGCACAGAAUAGAAGCAUACAUUCUAAAGCUUAAUAACCAUGUAAGGGAAUUGAAAGAACUACUGGCCACCAAUAGAAGGUUGAUUGCGGGGCUAUCGUACAAUGAGCACAGCAUGAAAUCAUUAUUGGAAAUUAAAGGCAAAGACAAAGACAAACAAAUGAGGCCAAAAUCGAGUAAAAGAAGGUGUCAUCUUCGUAGGACUUGCAAGGCGACCAACAUCAGAGAGGCAUGUUGGUCGCAAUGCAAGACUCACAUCGUGCCACCAAUGGAAGAACACAUCCUGGACCUGGUGGAGGUCCAAAGGAAGCCCCAUACGUCUAGAAGCCGCCCAGCAAAAGAAGUUGAACGGCAGAAAGGUGGUCAGGAGCUGACAGAGAGAAAGACUUUAUAUUCCGAUCUAAAAGAGGAGAUGGGCUUCAAAGUAAAAUGCAUGCUAAAGCUGGUGGAGAAAAUGGAUUUCCAAACGGCCACAAUUGCCGAUGUGAAAGUCGUUCGCAGAAGGGUGUUAAGUGCAAUGUCAAGGCGCCAAAAGGGCAGUUGUGAACCAGAAGGGGUUUGUUCCAAUCUGACAUUUAUAUCAAAAAAUCCUUACCUAACUGUUUCUCAAUAAAAUUGUAUUUCUACAAAUAAUCCAAUAAACAUUAUAUGUAAAUAA